AUGGCGAAAAAUAGGCUCACAAAGGUUUCAUUCUCUUUCAUCCUCUUCAUCUCCAUCGUCACCGCCCAAUCAAACACCGUCUCGGCCGAGAAGAACCCCAAACACCAAUAUGUUGGAACUGAGAAGCAAAGCCAUUUAACGGUAUACUGGCACGACAAGCUCAGCGGUCACAAUCCCACAUCGGUAUCCAUCGUCCGUCCUCCACCCUACCCUAAUAAUAACGCCUCCUAUUUCGGGGCGGUCCAAAUGAUCGACAACAAACUGACCCUCGACGGCGACCCCAAAUCCAAAAGCAUCGGUCAGGCCCAAGGGUUUUACGCACUGGCCUCACUCGAUCCGACCGACUUCGCCCUGUUGAUGGUGAUGAACUUUUACUUCACCGAGGGGAAGUACAAGGGCAGCACGCUGGAGAUAAUCGGGAGGAACGCCGCUCUGAAUAAAGUGAGGGAGUUGUCUGUGGUCGGAGGGACCGGUCUUUUCCGGUUCGCCAGAGGCUACGCUCUCCUCUCUACCAGGAAGUUCGAUAACAAAACCGGGGACGCUAUAGUUAAGUACGAUCUGUAUGUGAUGCAUUAUUGA